GUGCCUUGAUAAUCAUAGAGAGACUGUGUCUAGCUAUAAAAAGUAGCGUUACAUAAAAAAAAGCCGCACCCUCCCUCUUCAGAUCGGGAAAAAGCAGAAUCCCACUUUCAUUUUCUUCCGUUUUAGUGGGUGGAGAGAUUGCAAAACCUAAUCCAGUUUCCUCCGAUCUCGAAAAAGCUAGGGUUUUCAGACAGGCGUGAAUCCUUUUGGGAUUCUCACGGUAGAAGCGGAAUCGGAGCCGUGAAAAUGACGAGAAAGAAGAUAAGGAUAAAGAAGAUAGACAACGUGACGGCGAGACAAGUGACGUUCUCUAAGAGAAGAAGAGGAAUCUUCAAGAAAUCCGAAGAGCUCUCCGUUCUCUGUGACGCCGAUGUCGCUCUCAUCAUCUUCUCCGCCACUGGAAAGCUCUUUGAGUUCUCUAGCUCAAGAAUGAGAGACAUCUUGGCAAGGUAUAACCUUCAUACAAGUAACCUCAAUAAACUGAAUCCUCCUCCUCUUGAUCUCCAGCUGGAGAAUAGCAACCUCGUGGUACUGAGUAGAGAAGUCGAAGAGAAAAACAAGCAGCUAUGUCAUCUAAGGGGAGAGGAUCUUCAAGGUUUGAACUUGGAGGAUUUGCACCGCCUCGAGAAAUUGCUUGAAUCCGGUCUCGGCCGCGUUCUUGAGAAAAAGGGCGAACGUAGUAUGGACCAGAUUUCUUCAUUUGAGAGAAGGGGAGCAGAGUUGGAGAAGGAGAACAACAAGCUGAGAGAGAGGUUGAAUAUGUUAGAGAGAGGAAAAGCGAAGGCGUUUGGGGAAGGGGAAAUGGUGGGGAUAGAGGAAGGGACGACGACCAAUCUCUCUAUCUCCGGCAGUUCACUUCCUCUCAGAGACGAUUGCUCCGACACUUCCCUUAAGCUUGCGCUUCCGUUUUCCAUGUGAAUCUGAAGAGAGAGAGAGAGAGAGAGAGAGAUCAAGUUGCUUUGGAGGAUUAUAAAAGCAUGAAAUAGGAGAUUAAUUUCUGUUUAUCUUUUAAUUCCCCGCUACAUUUUCAGGAAAUUAUAUGGAAUAUUAUAUAUAUUAAUUAUAUGUACAUUUCCUGCUAAUUAUAUAUAAGUGGUUUAUUU